AAAUAAAUAAACAGCAACAACAGUCAACGAGUCAACUUUAAAAUUCCCCAAUUUUUACAAAUUGCUAUGAAAAGGAAUAGGUAUUUUUGUCAAUUGAGGAUCUUCUAAAGAAAACCUAAUUACAAGCCUAGAUGAAAAUACAGAAUACAAUCUUUCAAAAUCCUCUCCCUCAAAGUUAAUAAACCAUACCAAAUGGAGGUAUUGGCAUAAUGAUGAAGAAGCAAUAACGUUUAUUGACUGUUUUAAUCAAGUAGAAAAAAUGGAUAAUCUGAGUAAAGAGAGUGAUGUAAUUGAUAUGGAUAAUCCUGCUGUUUUGUUACAUAGUUCAAUGACAGAAACAGGGAAAAAUGAAGACUUAAUUCAGAACUCAAGAAGAAAUAAUGAACCUCCAGCAAAAUCUGUUUCCUGCACAGAGUUGCUAACAAAUUAUUUAAAAUCUAGUUCAUGCAGCAAUAUGGAUGGUAAAACAUUAUUCUAUAAUGAGAAGGGUUGGCCAGUUAAAAUAUUGAAAUUAACUGAGGACUCGCCCCCAAAAACAACAAAACCCAGGUCCACUCGAUCUGUGCCUUCGACCUCGAAUAAGAAAUCACCUCGCAAAGAAAAAUCCAUUUACACGCAAAAGACGCAAGUUACUGCACAAAGUAGACUGAGGAAAAAGUCAGAAUCUUUGAAAGAAGAUAAAGAAAAUAAGAAAACUGAACCCUCAGAGGAAAAUGGUACUGAAUGCAGCUCUAAAAUAAAUUUUGAACAACCUGACCCAAAGGAAAUAGUGGACAAGAAAAUUGACGAUGGUGUUGGCACGGACUUGAAAUCUAUGUUACAAAAACUAGACGAAACCAUGGACCAGUUAACUUCUGACAAACCUGCUCAAGUAACAGCUACAACAAAUAGAAGUACAACAUCAAACAAGAGCGUUGGCAGCUCUCAAAGAAAUUCUAGUCUCGAAAGGAAGAAAACACAAAAUGACGUAAAAAAAGAUGAUGUUCUACACAGUGCUAGAUCAAACAAAUAUAACAGUAAAGACGUUAAAGCUUACAUGCAAGCCAAACGAGUAGAAAGGAAAAUACAGAUGUCUGAAGAAACAAGAAGGAAGCAAAACAUGUUAGAAAUGCAAAAGAAAAACUUGGAAAAACUCAGAGAAAAAGCACUCCAAGUCUUGAAAAAAAGUUCUGCAAAAUCAACGGAUGAGACUAAACCAAAAUGGCAAGGACCACUAGAAGAAGAAGACAGUGAAGUGCUACCUCCAGCGAUUCAUAUUUUUGAAAAUAAAAUUCCUACAGCCAGAAAACCCAAAACUAACCUGAAAGUUGACGAGGCGAAUGUUGAAAAAGAAUCUUCGGGUGAAAAACCUUUGGUAGAACAUGAAAAAUACUACAACAAAUCUGAAGAGCUUGAAAAAAUUUUGAAUGAGGACAACGAGAUAGAAAGGAUGGAUUCUAAAAAACCUAAUCUUGGGUUAGACAAUGCUCGGAGAAAACUACGGCUGUCAAAAAGUAAACCGUGUAUAGAAAAUCAUCCGAUGAAUAUCGGAAUGGAAGCAGCUGCAAUGGAAAUUGUUCCUCUACUUCAGCUUGAAAUGGAAAACGCCAGGAGGAGUUUAGAGAGUAAUAUACAAUCUCCUAAGCUGUCAAGAGAUGGGAAUUAUUACAAUGUAGCUCUUGAAACAAAUGAAACUGCCAAUGGACCCCAUAGCAGUAGAAGAACAACAUUCACAUGCACCCCAAGAGAAUCAGUAGAGGCUGAUCUUCCUCACUUAGAAGAGUCCUUCUUGUAUGAGGCACCCACCAAACUCUCUGCACAUUCAGAUACGUCUAAUACAAGUAGUCAUCGAAAACGUCAUCAUUUCUCACCUGCAAAAACCAACAAUACAUUGUCAAAGAAGUUAUGUGGAAAUACCCAAGAAGAAGUUUUGAAUAAUAAAGUUUCGAACUCGUUUGAAGACCAGUUGAGAAGAAUCCAAGAAGUUUUACAAAAGCAAAAAGAAAACAAUGAACCUGAAAAACUGCUGUCGCAGAUAAAACCGGAUGGCUUCAGUAUAAUGAAUGUCAUGAAGAUGAAACUUCUCACCAACGAAAACAAGUACCUUCCCAAAACAAACCCCAAGGAGAAGAUUAUAACGACGAAAAACUCAUUUGACGAUGAUACUGAUGCACCUUCAAUAAUAUCAAUGGAAGAAGAUUUUAGACCUCACAUAGAGCCUUUGAGAUUGUCCGACUUACAGCUGAAGUUGGACCGAAGUGAUCAGACUUCUUUAACGUCCCAGUUAUCGGCUGCGACCUCCAAAACAUCUGGGAGGAAUGCUGUUGAAAGUCUCAAAUCAUCGUCUUACACAUAUGAUGCUCCACCGUUGUUAGUGCCAGAGUCUGUACAGAAUCUGAAAUUGUCUUCUAGCCGGAGUUAUAACGAACUUUCCAAUCCUAGUCAAAAAAUAUCCAGCCAUUCUAGUACCAUAAACACCAAAAUAUCAAGCCAUGCGACUUCUUCAAAUUUAUUUCCUGGGGAACAAGAGAUCUCAAACUCUUUGUCGUCUGUUAGUAAAUCUAGUCAAGGUCAUCCAAGGGUAAAAACAUUUCAAGAAAGUAUACAUUCCGACGUACUUCCUACAAAUCCAGCAAAAGAUGUGCAAGCUGUUCAAAGGUCCAAUCCGGCAGCGCUGUUUUUGCAAUUCCACGCUGAGCUGAGCAGAUUGGAUGCCUUUGAUCAGAGUCUAGCGCAAGUGAUAGCUGCCGAGAGACUUCACAGCUUGUCUGCCCAUGUACAUGUGUGUAACAGGCCUACUCGUACCAUGUCUGACGUAGGCUACGGUCAUGUAGCUACUGACCGACCUGAACGCACCAGUCGAAGCAGAUCUUCUCAUUAUUCCUCGGUGUUUGAACAGCCUUCAUCUGAACCCAAGGCCUCUCCCAUCAGUGAUGUAGGAAGUGUUAAAACUGUAACCAGUCAUCAAGACCCUCCGGGAGGCUCUAGAUCAGUGUCCUCUGCUCACUCUGUAGUGGAACAGCUGUCACCUGUUUUGGACAACACACACAGUGAUGUAAAGGAAGUGCCUCAGAAGUUCAGUCCAUUCCUCAAUUCUUCGUCUUCUUCAAUUCCUUUACCUUUCUCCCCAAAAAGUAUACACAUCCUCAAAGUGCUAAUAGACGAUGCAAUGUUCCAAAGGAAACAGGUUGAGUUGAUGUAUAAAACUCAAGAGGAUAUACUGUUAGCACAAUACAAAGCUGAACUAUCCGAAAUUGAUAUGCGAUACAGACGAGACGGUCAACUAACCAACAUUGGAAUUGAGACCAAAAAGAUUGUUGAAGAAAAAUAUCAAACUCCUUUGAUCAAGUUGAGACAGACCAGAGAUGAGGCUCUCUCUAACUCAGAUGCUCGAAUAGAUUAUCUAACAAAACAAAUAAGCUGGUUGAAGAAACAAAAGAAAAGUAAAGGAAACCCUAGGUCAGCAGAAACAUCCCCCAAGAAAUUAACUCCUUUACGCAGCAUCUCUCUUACUUCUGUUGUCGAGAACAGUUCUUCGUCAGAGUCAUCGGUGGGACUUGCAACAUUCGAUGAUAAAAAGAGGCAAGAAACAGAAAGAAGUAAAUCAUCAUCAGUCUCCAGUAGAAGGAAAAUAGAUAGGGAGAUGUUAUGGAGGCUUCAGGAAGAGUUAGCGAGGGUUAAAGAACUCCAGAAAGGGGAACGAUCUCAGAAAUCAAGUAGGUCAAGGAGAGACAAAAGCACUUCACCGCUGGAGAGUGUACAAGAAACAAGCACCAAAGACGUAGCGUGCUCUGUAAAUGGAGACGCUGAAAACAUAAGUCCCCAAGCUACAUCUAGCAGUGUGAGAACAGUCGAGGAAGCACGCAGUACAGAUGUAUACAACAGCGAAAGUUUUGAGUCACCAGAGUCGUCUGAAACUCCUCGCCAGCCUAAGAUGAUUGCAAAGAUUCCUCUGUCCAGCAAGCCUUUUGUGACGGCCCGACCGAACAACAAGAAUAAAGUGCUAAUCAAAGUUCCGUUGUCUCCUCGGGUGCAAGUGCGAGCCAGACGUAGGGGCUCCAGUGGGUCGGACGAGUCGUUGCUACUCUCACAGAAUGAGACUCAGUCGGAGCAGAGCGACUACGAGGUUAGAAUCUCAGCGUUGAAGGAGCAGAAGAGACAAAGGUUUGCCGAGCUCAACAGAUUAGAGAGGGAACUCAAGAGAGCACAGAGGGAGCAGCUCAAGGCUACCGAGGCAGCACUUGUCAAACAAAUACAGGCAUAUGAGUUGAAGAUAACACAGACAAAGAAGCAACUAGACGAAGUUACUGCGACUAACAUUGUUCGACCACAGAUAAAACAUCCUAGAGUAUCUGAUAAGUUCUUUCCUCGCACUUCCGAUGUUUUCCAAAAAUCCCAAAUUAUCGAGGAGCUUCCAAAACAGCAAGAACAGAACGUAUCAGACUUGGAUACAAAUAGUUUAAAAUCAAUAUCCGAGGCCUCUAGCACCGAGACAGCCAUUCAGAGUUCAGGAGUAGUUCCAGUAACAGAGCCAUCCAGCAAAUCUUCAGUAGAGGCUGAUAAUGAGACUAAAGAAGUUUUGUCUGUAGAAAGCGAAGUGAGAGAAGCACUGUCUAGUGUUGCUUCUGAAACUGACGUACCAACGGUUCUUGACACUCAAAAAUCAUUUGUGUCUGAAACUCAAGAAUUAAAUGAAUUUGGAGUUAAACCAGUAGUUUUAGAAUCCACAAAUAAGGAUAAUCCUAUCAACUGGAUGGAUGCUGAAGACUAUUUCAAUCAGAUGGAUUCUUCAGGAAAUGUACCAUCUGACGAAUCAAAACAUGCAAGAAUAAGUUCUGAAAAGUCAGCAAGUUCCAUUUCUCCUGAAACAAACAUAUCAGAAGAACUGUCUAAUGAACCCUUAGACAAAUCAAAGUCAAAUACAUCUAGUCAAGAGUUUCAUGAUGCGGAGGAAAUUCUGGGUACUCCAAAAACAGAAUCUAUUGUUAAUAGUUCAUCGAAACAAAGUGAUACUGAUAACAGUGAAAAAGUUUCUGAAGAACCAUCUCAAGCAGAGUCUCCUGUUAAGGAAGAAACAAUUAAUUUUGACGAAGGAAGAGUAACCAGCGUUGUUUCAGAAUCCCCUUCAAAUAAAUCUCAACAUUCGGUUCCAGAAAGCAUAAAUACUGAUCAUCAAUCAACUAGUCAUCAUUCAAACUUUUCAAAGGCAGAAUCUGAUGUCUCACAAUACGAUGACGAUGAUGUAAAUAUUUCCAAUAUCGUAAGUGAGAAAUCUGACAUAACAGAAACAUCUCAUUCGCUGCUGGCAUCUGUAGGAACAGCUUCACAAUGUCAAUCUGCUGACGAAGAAAACGUACAAUCUGAUGAAGAGGCAACCUCUAAUACUUCACAGUCGGAAGUGAUAAAAGUGUUUGUGUCAAACAAAACUCAAGAAUCCAAAGAGCAAACAGACAGUGAUAAUAAUAAUGUCAACUUAAAUGAAACAUUCGUUGUUUCUGAAUCAGAAACUAAACCUGAUAAAGAUGACUCAGUUGUUGACAACAUUACUGACAAAAUACUACAAAAUCUAUUGAAUGAAUGCUUGGUUUGCAGAAAAGAUGACGAGUCAAUAGAAGUUGAACGUAAUAUUCUGGAAUCUGAUGAGUCGAGUGAGAGAACUUCUGAUGUGCAGUUAAAAACUCAAGUAUUAGUGAACAACUUCACCCAGACAGUGUUAAAUAAAUUUGUUCAAGAUGCUACAGACUGUAUGCUAAAAAUAAAAGAUGCCAAAAAGGCAGCGGAAGUAAAGAGAAAGGAUAAUGAAUUAGUAAACGGCGAGGUAUCAUCAAACAAAUUGCUUGAAGCUCUGGCACUCGAAAGAAAAGUCAGUCCUAGUGAAAAAGUUCGUGAAGAAACCACGGCUCCAUCAAAGCCCACUCAGGGCUCUAAUAACGAGGUGGAGUUGACUGCAGGCAAUGAGAGUGAAGUGUGGUUUGAGGAGGAGUUGCCAGCUGUUAGUCUGCAGACACAACGAGAGGCAGAGGAGUUGCGACUCAAGCAGUUGCAGAUAGAGCAAGAGAUUGAACAGAUCAAACAGUUGGAGGCUCAAGAAAGCAUUCCCUACUACUAUCUACGAGAAAUACCUAACAAACCUCCCCCUCCGUACACACCUCCGGGCCAGUCUGUCGCCAGAGAGACACGACUUGUCCCUACGAGACGGGAGGACAUAGAGAAACUGGUCUCCACGGCAACCAAGGAGCUAGUGACAGUGUGGCAGGCAGCGGACGACCUGUCAGCAGCUGAACCUACUGAGGAGUAUCGCUCGUUAAAAAUCGGAAACAAAAUUUACAACAAGUUCUUGUUUGACUUGGUGAAACAAAUUUUUGUGAAAAUCACAUCGACUGGUGUCGAUGAAAAAGAACUCCCACCUUGGGAAAGAACUGGCUGUGAAAUGAAACAUUUUGUUUUGCCAAAGUUCACAGAGGAAUCUAUCAGUGAUUUUGUGAUGAAAAAGGUGCAAGUAUUGUUUGGUUUCGAGCCAGACACGAUUAAAGAGAGUGGCAUCAUCGAGUGGUCGAGGAAAAAACGGGACAGAGUGGAUGAACUACUUGUGCGUGAAUCUCAAGAGGAAGAACGGGAUUGGACGGACUACUCAAAGUGUGCAGUGGCUGUAAAGAACAAUGUAGCUUUAGGUAUUUUGGAUAGUCUCUUAGAGGAGACAGGACAGGUGUUGAGCGAAGCUUUACAUAAGAAACUGACAUAUUGUCAGAAGUCAACGUGAGUUUGUUGCAUGUAAAAGAAAUUAGUUUUUUUCCAGUUGUAUUUUUAAGUUUUGUUGUACGUGAAUGAAAAGCAAUUUCAACCUUUAAGUUGGACUUAAUAAAUAAAGAAUAAAGUCAUGUUAAGUUAUGGCAAUUUGAUCAUAAAUUAGAUACCCUAAACUAGAGUUGUUAUUAUAAUCUAAUUACUCAAAUUAUUAGGUAAAAUUUUUGUGUACAUUUUCUUUUGUUUUUCUCUGUAUUUACACACUUGUAAUUUUUCUUCAAUUU